AUGGCUGGACCGGGCGGGUCAGGGCAGUCUGCAGGACCAUCGCAGAUGCAGCAGGCACCUGCCCCGCACAUGAUGCUUGCCAAGCGCAAGUAUUACUUUCGGAAGAAGUCCCUCUCCAUUGGUGACUACUUUCUGGCGCUCAAGAAGGAGCGACAACCGCGGCCGAUUGUGUCUGUGACGGGCAAGACAAAGAUGUGGUGGGCUGUCGACGGCUACGGGGUGCGGCUUCUUGCCCGCGAUCAGGGCUAUCGUAUUGUGGGCGAGGGCGGUGAUGUGUAUGGCGAGGGCCGGCGGGAUGGCGUCAAGGCGUACGAAGUCGAGUACGAUGGAGUAGUGAUGCGGGUGACGGGCAAGUUUGAGACCAAGGGCUCGGCCAAGCAUGUGCUCAACUUGGCGCUUGCCGACGGCAGCAAGGUGGGCAAGGUGCAGUACAAACGUCGCAAGGGCGGGUGGAUUGCAAACAUGGCAUGCGAGUUUGAUGCUAUCCACUUUGUGCUUGCCAUGGUGUACAUCAACAAGUGCGGCGCACUAUCAGUGUACGGCGACGACUAGUAGCGGCCGGGCGGCGAGCUACGGAGUCUUGGAGAGGAACAGGACGCGCCAGCCGCCGAUGAGGCGGAGGAG